AUGUUUUUACUGGAUAUGUUGGACAAUCUCCCGCGACUUAAAGUGUCCAGCUCGCUUAUGCGAGUAUUUAUCUGGGUCUUGAAGCAUGCCGGAGCUCGAGAUGUCCCAUCAUUUGAUUAUCUGCGAAAGGUUCAAGCAAGCCUCCGGAAGCGCUGUGGUGUACCUACACAACAGUACAAAAGCGCAAAGAGUAACAUAUUCUUUUACAACGACCCGACGGACUACAUUGCAAAGGACUGGGCAAAUCCAUCGGUCCGGAAAGAAAUCAGAACAUAUCCAGUAAUCCCAGACGGUCCCAUAUCUGAGUGGUGGCAUGCCGAGAAGCUCCAUAAGGAGAUGGACCUCGACAUACUCUCACCGAUGUAUGAUGCUGGAGGGGGGCGGCAUUACUAUGUGAAUGAAAUAGCUAGAAUGAAGAACGGUGAAUAUAUUAUUCCGAUUCGCUGGCUCGAGAGGGAAAGGGAUCGGGCUAUCGUAGCAGAUUCCUAUCGCCUGAUUCCCCUGAAUGAUGGGGUGAGUGCCGACACAUAUACCGUCGAUGAUACUGCCCCUGUGCUAAUUGAAGCCACAAUGCUGGAAGUGACUUACCCCGAGCUGAAAACCUUUGGAGCCAUUCCAAAGUGCGCCAGUGAGUGCGGUAGCUCACCUUCAUUGAGAGAGAUGCCAAACCGUUUACGAGAGCUUGCUUGCGGUGAUCCGCUUUACUCAAGUUUUGUGGACUACUGGUCCGACGACGUGUCGGGAAAUCGCUCCAAAUCAUACAAUAAACACAUAAAUGCUUGCAUAACGCACCGAAAUCUGCCACGGCAUCUCCUACAGCAGGAGAUACAUGUACAUUUUGUGUCUACUUCGCAGCAUGCGUCCCCCCCGGAGCAAUUCCAGGCGUUUAAGGAUGUUGUUGAAUCAACACACAAGCAGCCUGUUAGAUCAUAUGACGCACUUACUGGUGAAGCAGUGAGGUUCCGACUAUUCACUAAUACGGGCCCAGGUGAUAAUCCGCUGCAAAGCGAGAUUUGCGGUCAUAUCGGCGUAAAGGGAAACUAUUACUGCCGCAAGUGCAACGUUGGGGGAACGGGGAUUGAGAAGGAAAGUGAGGACGGAUACAAGGCUUUAUUUAAGCCUGGAGAACCACGGUCAGCGGCAGCAACAUUAAGGGAGGUGGACAAGCAGCUUCUCGCUGCCUGCACCGGAAAUGCAGCAAGUGUGGAUAGACUGCAGACCUCGACGGGUGUGAAGGACAUGUACACACAGUACUGGAUUGAGGACCUGAUUGAGCGGGCCCGCAAAAUGAAAGCCGAUGGCAAAAAGCCUCAAGAGAUCCGACGUACACUUGAGGAGUGGGUCGCAAGCCACCGAGAUUCAAUCAUCAACCCAUAUCUCACCAUCCGCGGAUUUGACCCAAGCAAAGAUACCCCUGUCGAAAUCCUCCACACCAUCCUGCUCGGAACGGUGAAAUAUAUCUGGUAUAUGUCCCACUCAACCUGGAAUGACUCACAGAAGAAGUUAUAUGCUGUCCGGCUCCAAGCAACAAACCCUUUGGGCCUUAACUUACAUGCGAUAUGGGCGGACUACAUAAUGCAGUUCGCCAACUCCUUGAUUGGCCGCCAGCUCAAAACCGUUGCGCAAACAAGCUGCUUUCAUGUCCAUGACUUGGUUGGACCCUUGCAAUUCUCGUUGUGGAAAGCCUCGGGUGAACUGAACGCACUGCUGUGGUUCCCCGAGAUUGACUGCAUGGAGCAGUACCUGCAUGAUCUGGAUGUUGCCAUAGGCAACGUACUCGACCUUUUUAGCAUGAUUGACGCGAAGAAGAUAGUUAGUAAAGCAAAACUUCACCUUCUACCUCACCUAGCCGAGGAUAUUCGCCGACUUGGACCGAUUCUCGGCGCAUUGGUGGAAAUGUUUGAAUCCUAUAAUGCUGUAUUCCGAAACAGUUCCAUUUACUCCAACCAUCUUGCACCAAGUCGUGAUAUUGCAAUUGAUCUCGGUGGUCUCGAGAGCUUCAAGCACCGCAUACUUGGCGGAUACUGGCGCUCACCUGAGGACAAUGAAGUAUGGGAAUGUGCUGGGCCCGAAGUACGGGAUUUCCUGAAGCAAAACCCGAUCCUACAGCGUCAGAUAGGGUGGACGGAGGAGGAUAAACUGACUCCGGGUACAGUGCGCAUCGCACCAUUUGUGAGACAUACGCGUCAACGCCCGACUGUUAGCUGGGAUAAGACCUACGCUUCGCGUGCCGUGAACCAUGCAAGCUUUGCUGGUUUGGGCCGAACUUGGAAUCCCUGCUUGUACGCCGUCUCACGUACCUCAGAGCGGUGCCCUGCUGGAGCAUGGAUAUUUGGGCACUCACCUGUUACUAAUUCCCUCGUUAUAGGGAAGAUCAUCGAGAUACUCACAGAUGCGGAGUCUCGUACGUCGAUUGUAGUACUUGACCAAUUCACGGUUGGCUCGUCUCGUCACCCAAUCUUUGGAAUGCCUACCUUGACUCGGAGGAUGGGCGAGAUAACCUAUAUCUGCGUCAGGCCUGAUGAAAUUGACUUUGCGGUCAAUGUGCAACACGACUGUCACACGGCAGGGUGCACAGCCAGUGCACUAUGCCCUCGCAAGCAGGAGCGCCUUGAAUGUGGUAUAUUUGAUGCUGCCAUCGCGCAUGAAGAUGACGAAAAUUACAUUAUAAACACUCACGCAUUCCACAAUGCACAUCUAAUUCGGCGUGCCCUUCCUCGACACCUGACAGCGCCGAUACCUGCAGUCUCGGAUCGGGAAAAGAAACAUGCGGAAUUGGCACAGUCGCUACAUUCCACGCAGACUGCAAGGCGGGAAAGCCAGCGGAGAGCACGAGAAGUCAAGAAAACAGAGGCAAAGCUUGCGAAGGCUGCAGCAAGCGGUCCAACUGCGGUAACCAAAGAUGUGCAGUUGGCUGAGACCGGUGGAAGCGACGGUGAAGGUGUCGAUGAGGACAAGGAUGACCCUGAAGAUGUCAGCAAAGAUGAAGGAGAACCUGAAGGUGUCAGCGAGAACGAUGGCCCUGAUGAGGACAAUGAAGGUUGGGAUUGCAACAAUGGCGUGGCAGGGGGAGGAGGGUAUACGAGUCGAAAAAGACGUAGGCUCAGUUAG